AUGAUGCCUUCCUAUACAAAGAAGGAAUCACUAGACUUUUGCCGAGUUUCGAAGAGUGUGGGAAAAUGCCGGGCCUCCAUCCCUAGGUGGUGGUACAAUGUCACUGAUGGAUCCUGCCAGUCGUUUGUGUAUGGAGGCUGUGGAGGGAAUGACAAUAACUACAUGACCAAGGAGGAGUGUCUUGCAAAGUGUGCUGGUGUCACAGUACACACCAUCCAUGAUCUGUCCAGGAAUGGAGCACAUUCCUCUGUCCCAAGUGUUCCCAGAAGGCAGGAUUCUGAUGACCUGUCCGGUGAUAUUUUCAACUAUGAAGAGCACUGCACUGCCAAGGCCAUCACUGGGCCUUGCCGCGCAUCCUUCCCACGCUGGUACUUUAAUGCCGAGAAGAACUCUUGUGAUAACUUCAUCUACGGCGGAUGCCGGGGCAAUAAAAACAGCUACCUCUCCAAGGAGGAGUGCAUGCAGCGCUGCUUCGGCAAGCAGUUGUAUCCUGCCCUGCCCCGCACUAAAGUGGUGGUCCUGGCAGGGCUGUUCGUGAUGGUCCUGUUCCUCUUGCUGGGAGCCUCCGUGGCCUGCCUGAUCAGGGUGGCGCGGAGGAACCAGGAGCGCACCCUCCGUACGGUCUGGAGCUCUGGGGACGACAAGGAGCACCUGGUCAAGAACACUUACGUCCUGUGA